AUGGAGGGCUGGUUGUUCUGGUAUCGAAAGAUGUUGGAGUUAGGCCACGACAAGCCUGCCAUGAGCGAGAGUGACGAGGUGCAUCGGCAUAAGGCUGACUCAGAGAAGGAGAUGCUGGGGUUCCUGCUGGGCAACGAGGACUCGAGGAAGUUUCGGGAUAUCGUCGAGAGUUGUUCGAGUCACGAGCGAGAGGAGGUGAUCCGAGUAGUGGCGUAUCAGCUUCAGACUCUCGGGGUUGUCGUCAGAGUCUUGCAGCUCUUCCUGCAGGUCAGGACCCUCGUAUCAGCGAGUAGAGUUGAUGUGUGGCUGGUCGAUGAAGGCAAGAAGCAAAUCAUGCUGUGGGCUCCUGGCAAUCGUUCGAAGAGAAUCAAAUCAUUCUGCAAGGAAGAAGUAGAAGCAGAUUACACGCUCUCUGCUGCUGAGAGACUCUGUCAGCCGAUCAGACAUCAAGGAGUUGUCGUGGCUCUUGUCGAAUGCCAUGACAAGAUUGCUCCUUCGCACCUGCAAGAUCGCAAGGCAAAGUUCUCCACCAUGGAUCAUCUCCUGUUGCAAGCAGUCUGCGACCAAGGAGGAAUGCUCUUCCAUCGGAUCAACACAUUACUCCAAACCAUCCAAGUCGUCGACCGGGCGCUCAAGUCUCAUAUCCUUCUCGGCCCUAAUUCAUGCAGCCCUAUGGACCUUUAUCGACUUGUCACCAUCCAGUUUUCACGGAUCAGAGAUAUCUUGAACGCCACCACCUGCGUGGUCUACAUGCUCACUGAUGAGAGCUCGCCUCAGAAAUGUCUGUGGACGAGACGGCAGGACGAGUGCGAGGAUCUUCUACAAGUUUCUCUUGGGACGGGAGUCGUUGGGUGGGUAGCAGAGUCAGAGGAAGCAAUCUUGCUGGACGAGCCACAAAAGAGUAGGAAAUUCGACCGCCUUGUCGACACGGCUUACAGUCCGGCAACUACGAGCGUGCAGAGUCUGAUGGUGAUGCCGAUACGGAGCGAAGAUGGGCCUCUCUUGGGGACUUGCUCCAUGAUCAACAAAGCCAAAGUCACUGGGAAUUUCAACGACUCCGACAAGCGAUUCUUGGAAAACUGCAUCAGACAGAUCUCUGUCAGUAUCAGUGGGAUGAAAACACACCAGCUGGAGCUCCUUCUCACGAGGUGA